UUAUAGUCUUCAGAAGACAUUUCUUUCGUUCCAACCAUUUUCAUUCUCAGGCCCCGCAGUUCACAUCUUUUUUUAUUUCAGUUUAUUUAAAAUUUGGAAUUAUCUUAUUAUUCUUAUUAUUUUCUUCUGAGUUCCAUGUCUUCUAGCAGUCAAAUUCAUAAUUUGAAAACUUUUGAUCCCUUCGCGGAUGCUAUCAAAGCUGAUGAUACUGUUCAUGACGGUCUAAUUCACAUACGUAUUCAGCAGAGGAACGGUCGAAAGACACUUACCACUGUCCAAGGCAUUGCUGAUAAUUAUGAUAAAAAGAAGAUUGUUAAAGCCUGCAAGAAGGAGUUUGCUUGUAACGGAACAGUGGUUGAGCAUCCUGAGUAUGGAGAAGUCAUUCAACUGCAAGGUGAUCAGCGAAAUAACAUUUGCCAAUUUUUAACUAAAUAUGGUAUCGCUAGAACUGAGCAACUAAAAGUCCAUGGUUUCUAAGAACCAUAUAUUUGUGGUAUGGUAAUUGCGGUUGGCUAAGGACGAAACAAAGGAAUUCAUUUCAUUACUAUCAUAGAUAUAUAUAUGUAUGUGUUAUUGUAUAUAUACUAUAUAUAUUUAUAUGAUUUCUCUUUAAUCAAAACUCAAACUGCAUCUUGAUCGUCAUCCCUAACCUACCAUCUCCUCACGAAAUUGGGUUUCACGUUAAACCGCCAAUAAAGGGAUACAUUACAAGCCAUACUACAUUCUCCUUUUCUUCAUUUUUCUCCCACGGUUUAAGCACUCUUCAAAUCACCAUAAUCAGCAGAAACAUUUUACCCAAUUAUUGUCAAAAAACUUGUUAUAUAGUUUAUCCACCUCUGAUAUCAGCUUAACCAUGGCCAAAUACGAAAUAAAAUUACCAUUAUCCAUUGAAAA